AUGCUGACGAAGGCGCAUUUGUUGGUGAUUGGAAUUCUGUUCCACUUCGCGUUUAUCUUCACAAUUUUUGACAUCUAUUUCGUGUCGCCUUUGGUCCAUGGCACUGAGGCGACAGAGGAAGAAGACGGUAUCGCGCGGCGCCUGGUGUUGAUGGUAGGGGACGGUUUGCGGGCGGAUGUGUGCUACGGCAAGAUGAAGUACCCGGGAACGGAAGGUGAUGGAAAGUAUUUGGCGCCUUGGUUGAGACACAAGAUAAAGCAUGAAGGUACUUUCGGGAUUUCCCAUACUCACGUGCCCACGGAGUCGCGGCCCGGCCACGUAGCAUUGAUUGCUGGCUUUUACGAGGACGUUUCCGCCGUUACAAAGGGCUGGAAAGCGAAUCCUGUCGAGUAUGAUUCAACCUUCAACCGGUCUAGACAUGUCUGGACUUGGGGAAGCCCCGACAUCCUACCCAUGUUUGUACAAGGGUCGCCAACAGGCAAAAUUUCGGCUGAAUGGUACGAUCGCCAGCUGCAAGAUUUUACUCAGGACACACGUGUGCUAGACACGUAUGUAUUCGAUAAGUUAGAGAAAACACUACAGGAGGCUAAAGAGGAUCCAACCGGGGAGCUGAACCAAUUGCUGCAUCAAGAUAAGAUCAUUUUCUUCCUCCAUUUGCUCGGACUAGAUACAGCUGGUCAUGCUAGCCGACCACAUUCUCUUGAAUACUACCGAAACAUGGAGUACGUUGACGAGAAUUUGCCUAGGGUAGAGGCCAUGAUUAAUGAGUUUUACGGGAACGAUGGCAAAACGGCCUGGAUCUUCACGGCGGAUCAUGGCAUCAGCGAUUGGGGCGCUCAUGGAGACGGUCAUCCAGAUAAUACAAGAACCCCGAUCAUUGCCUGGGGAGCGGGGAUUGCAGGUCCGACACCGGAAGAUGGUGGACGCCCUACGCAUGAUGAGUACAUACGUGAGUGGGAAUUACCAGUGAAACAAAAUGAUAUGGAGCAAGCUGAUGUGACUCCGCUUAUGGCGCAUCUCUUGGGGCUUAGUAUCCCUGUCAAUUCUGUUGGCAAAUUGCCAGUUGACUAUCUAGAGGCGGAGCCCCUCGUCAAAUACAAGGCAUUGCGGAAGAAUGUGCGGCAAAUGAUACAUCAAUAUGUGGUUAAAGACGCUGAGACGCGAGCGAGGCAAUUGCGGUACAGGGCUUACAGUUUUGAUGGCCGUAGCGUUGACGAACGUUUGCAGGACGCCGACGCUUUCGCCUUUGAUAACAAUGACCCGAAGCGAGGACUGGAGGAGCUGGACCGACUAUUUGAUCACCUGAAGAAGAGUCUUCAGUACCUUCAAACUUAUAACUGGCUCUUUUUGAGGACGCUGGUUACAAUGGGUUUUGUUGGCUGGAUGGGUUAUGCUGCAACGUUCGUUGUCCAUAAUUUUGUUACACCCUAUACCAUGAUGCAUGACAAUUCGCAGCUGGCCAACAGGGAAGCAUCUGCGGCCCGAUUCUGCUUGUACAUGUCGGUCAUUAUCUACGUUGGUCUUGCUGUGAUUCUUGCAUAUCAAAAGACGCCUUUGAGAUACCAACUGUAUGCGUUCUUCCCUGUCCUCUUUUGGAAUAUUACGUUGACUAAUAUUCGAUACACUGCACACGGAAUUCGAAAGUGGAUCGAUACUUCUUCCAGUCGACCGAUUGUGGAGGCUAUUGGGUUGCUUGUAAUGUGUGUCGCACUAUUGGAGACGAUGGUGUACGGUUAUUUCAAUCGACAGGCUUUCUCACUGUGCACUCUGUUGCUAGGCGUUUGGCCUUACGUUCAUCGACCAAGGGAGUUUCACCAGAAGCAUCGUAUCAUGGGAUUUGUGUGGCUAGGGUUAUGUAUCAUUAUGGCAGGCUUUACACUACUGGAUCCGAUUAAGAAGGAGAAUCUUUUGCUCAUUAAUGUAUCCGGUCUGGCGAUGCUUGGUGUGGGUGUUUACGGGUAUUGUCAGAUAUUCAGAAGCAGUGUUGCGCUUGAGAGGAGACGUGGCACUCGUCGUGGCCGGGUUGGAAUCAUCUUUCAAAUGUUGAUUCAGGUUGUCGCACUGCUCAGCACCAACAUGGCGGUCUUGUCGCUUCGCAAUAAGUUGGGAUUGCCGUGGGUUUGCCAAGUGGUGAACUGGGUCUGUGUUAUCGGCUCGCUCGUUCUGCCGGCGCUUCACAUGUCGGUUCUUUCUGAUUACAGGUACAGAGUUACAGUUUUGUUCCUGGCCUUUUGCCCCAUCUUGACGAUUCUCUGUAUUAGUUACGAAGGCUUGUUCUACGUGGCUUAUCAGGCUUUGUUGUAUACCUGGCAGGAAGUCGAAGUUGGCCUGUAUUACAAACCUCUACGUCGAGGCUCGGACCAAUUAGAACUGCGAAGAGACGACCCAGAAGGCGCGCUGUCUCGCGAGGAGGUCGUCGUACUACCCACGAGCAAAGAAAGCCUGCUGCGUCUGCGGGACUUGAGAGUUGCAUUGCUGUUCCUCUACUUCUUCCAAAUCGGCUUUUUCGGCACGGGCAAUGUCGCCUCCAUCUCCGCCUUCAGCUUAGACAGUGUCUACCGACUAAUUCCUGUCUUCUACCCAUUCGCCAUGACCGCGCUACUAUUCUUCAAGCUCGUCAUUCCCUUCAUCGUCACUUCGGUAUACCUCGGCGUCAUCAACCUUAGAACCAAGCUACCUAAACUCGCCCUCUUCUCCAUGGUCUUGGUCAUGAGUGAUGUCCUCACACUUAACUUCUUUUACUUGAUCGUCACUGAAGGCAGCUGGCUUGAAAUCGGCAUGUCCAUCAGCCACUUCUUCAUCGCCUCGCUUCUUUGCGCCAUAAUGGUGAUAGUCGAAUACGGCAGCAUGUUGCUGCUCUGGGGAGCCACGCUACCCUACCAGAAAACCAGCUAA